AUGGCUGCGCGCAGCGCCAGCACCUUGACGCCUUUCUCCAUCCAGGCGAUCCUCAACAAGAAAGAAGAGCGAGGCGGACUGACUGCGCCCGAGGGGCGCCGGGCACCAAGGGGCACAGAAGUGGCGGUGGCCCCGGCGCCCGCCGUCUGCUGCUGGCGGCUCUUUGGGGAGACUGACGCGGGUGCUCUGGGGAGCGCCGAGGACUCUCUGCUGGCGUCUCCCGCCCUCACCAGAACAGCUGUGGGGCAGACCGCGGAGAGCCCCGGAGGUUGGGACUCGGACUCAGCCCAGAGCGAGAACGAGGGCAGGAGACGCUGUGCGGACGUACCAGGAGCCAGUGGAGCCGGCCGCGCCAGGGUGACCCUGGGCCUAGACCAGCCGGUCUGCGCGAUGCACGCCGCCAGGGACUUGGAGGAGGAAGCCCCGGUCCGCAGCGACAGCGAGAUGUCAGCUAGCAUUUCAGGCGACCACAGCCCAAGAGCCGAGGAAGAUGGUGUUAGUCCGGGAAGUGCACACGUGCCAGGGUUGUGCAGCGCAGCGGGCAGCGGAGCUAGCAGCGGGCAAGCGCCUGGCAUAGAGGAGGAGGAAGAGCCCGCUGCCCCUAAGCCGCGAAAGAAGCGCUCGCGGGCCGCCUUCUCGCACGCCCAAGUCUUCGAGCUGGAGCGCCGUUUUAACCACCAGCGCUACCUAUCCGGGCCAGAGCGCGCAGACCUGGCAGCUUCGCUGAAGCUUACCGAGACGCAAGUGAAGAUCUGGUUUCAGAACCGUCGCUACAAGACCAAACGCCGACAGAUGGCCGCCGACUUGCUGGCCUCAGCACCCGCCGCCAAGAAAGUGGCUGUAAAGGUGCUGGUCCGUGACGACCAAAGACAGUAUCUGCCAGGAGAAGUGUUGAGGCCACCUUCUCUUCUGCCACUGCAGCCCUCUUACUACUACCCUUACUACUGCCUCCCAGGCUGGGCACUGUCCACAUGCGCGGCCGCUGCUGGUACCCAGUGA